UUCCGGAAGUCGCUUUGUCUCUCUUGCACCUAUGGGGCGUCCUGUUAAGGUGCGAGAGAGACAGAGCGACGAAAACGACUCUCGGUCUGCUGGCCGCGUGCUUUGGCGGUCAGUUGGACCUCAGAUCAUGGCCUAUUUCUCAAUUCUUGCAGCGGCAAAGUGCAGUCACACUUUUGCCUUACCUUCCGCUGCUUUUGCGCUUGAGUGUGUUGCGGGUUCAUUUGUUUUAUUUAUUCCCUUUUUUUUUAAUUUACAGGUCGUGACAAUGCAGGAGUGGAUUGGUCAACGGAAUGCUACUCUUUACCAUUACAAUGGUUUUGACUACCGAAAGAAAACUGAAUAUCAAAGGUGUAUCAGCUAUGUCUGCACAGACCGAAAAUGCUUCGGAAAAGCCAAGGUGAUGAAGGCGAGCCCAAACAUUGUGAUAGAAACAGGAUUUCACACUCAUGCGAAAGACCACAUCACCCAUUCCACUCGAGAGCUCAAGGCUGCCUUGGCGCAAGCAGUCCGAGCAGAACCAGAAAAAGACUUGUCUGAAAUUUUGCGUGUGGUCAGCCAACAGUAUCCAAUUGCAGCUGAACACAUAUCUCCAGUAAAAGAGAAGAAGAGGCUGGCCAAAAUUCGAGGGAAUGUGCGACCUAAAAUUCCAGCAGACCUAAUGGCUUUAGGAUUAGAUCUCGUCGAGAAUCUUUGUGUGAGGGAUCUUUACGGAUCGUCACAGCCAUUGGCAGGGCAAGAAACCCGAGAAAAGUUUUUUCAAGAAACAUUAGUGGGGCCGCAUGGAACGACUCUGGUGUUUGCAUCGCCUUACCUGAUUGAGCGCUGCUUGAAAGAGUCCCCGAGUAUAUUUGUGGAUGCUACUUUUAAGAUUAUGCCCUCUAGGCCAAAGGCGCGGCAGCUAUUUUCGCUGCACGCAAAGAAGAACGGGCAUGUGUUUCCCAUAAUCUUUUGCAUGAUGGAAUCGAAGAAAAAAGCUGCUUACGUACAGCUUUUUGAGUACUUUCGAGACACUCUCGUUAGAGGAUGGCGGCCUUCUGACAUAAUGGCAGAUUUUGAGAAAUCUAUGAGAAAGGCGUUCAAGCAGGUGUACCCAAACGCUGCUAUAAGUGGGUGCUAUUUCCACUUCACACAGGCUUUGUAUAAGAACUGGUCGAAGGCAGGACUUCUGAAAGCCCCAAGACACAUCAGGGAUUUGACAGAGGCAGUCCUGGAUCAGUUAAUGGGACUCCCGUUAGCAAGGUCGGAAGAUAUUCCUAAAGUCGUGGAGCAAAUAUUAGAAAAUGCACCUCUCGCUGUCAGCAUCCUUGAUGGCUUCAAGAAGUUCGUGGCAUACUUUAAAAGAAACUGGCUUUCAUUGGAUGGCCGGGUGGGCUACAAACCAGAAGAUUAUAGCGUGUUCGGCAGGGCCGACCGCACAAACAAUUUUCUGGAGAGUUGGCACUCCCGGCUUCUCAUGAAGAAGCCGAACAUAUGGGUCAUGCUCGGGAGGCUUAUUGAAAUAUGCGUGGAGACGCGAAUAAAUUUCAAUAGGGACCUCAAUAUGCACGCGAUUACGCCUUGGAGGCCCAUUGUCCUUCUCUUGAAUGAAGUGGAGAUUAUGAAGGCGAGUCUAGAAAUGGAGCUGGGCCACCGCACACCCUAUGAGUAUGUGGUGUGGUCCCGAAAGAAAAUUCGGGACACCAUCGCCCUAGUGCGCCAAGGCAGGAAAAAAAGGGCGUACCUCAAAAAAUUGGCGAGAGCAGAAGCCAGGGCAGAAGCUAGAGUAGCGGCUAGAGCAGCAGCCAGAGCAGCAGCCAGAGCAGCAGAACGAGACGACGAGGCGGGGCAGGAGGAAGAUGAAGAGGAAGAACAGGAACAAGAGCAUGAGCUAGAGGCGCAAGAAGAAAUUGAUGACCCCAUUCCAACCAGCUCGGAAGAGUCAGACGAGGAGGACGGACAAGAAGACGGGCAAGAAGACGGACAAGAAGACGGACAAGAAGACGGACAAGAAGACGGACAAGAAGACGGACAAGAAGAGGGACAAGAAGACGGACAAGAGGAGCAUCACCUGGACAGGCAACAGGAAGAGGCCCACACUGGUGGUAUCCCCCACGAUGACCCACUGUGGGAAGUGGAAGAGGAUGAGAUGCUGUCUCAGCUGGAUUUAAUGCAAGUUGCAGAAGUUGUCGAAGCACCACCGUUUGUGCCAGUCAAUUCAGCUCAUGAAGACAGCGAGGGCCGACCUGAAGGCUCCUGCACCAUCUGCCAUACCAAUGACGCCAACAUGGCAGCCCUCAUGUGUGGCCACCAAUUUUUGUGCAAUGAGUGCAGAGACGCUUUCAUGGCGGACUCAUGUCCGUAUUGCCGUGCGGAUAUAGUGAAUUUCAUUCUGAUAAGAAGGGUCUAAAUGUGUAA